CACCUCUCUCUCCUGUUCUCCGAUCCUUGCAAUUCAGAUCAAGCGAGAGACGAAUACAUCUUCAUCUAUCACCUCUCUCUCCUGUUCUCCGAUCCUUGUAAUUCAGAUCGAGCGAGAGACGAAUACAUCUUCAUCGAUCGAAAGGGAGAAAUUUUAUAACUCGAUCAUGGAGGAGACGUACCAAAUCUACGUCAAACUCCUAGACGGCAAACACCGAGCCCUAAAUUUCCCAUCCCCAUCGAUCCCACUUCUCUCCGUCAAGAACCAAAUCCGCCAGCUCACUGGCGUUCCGAUUUCCCAACAGCGACUACUAACCGGCACUAAACAACUCGACGAAGACUCCUCGUCCCUCCUCCUCCACCCCUCCGACGGCGGGCCCCAUCCGACGCUCCACCUCCUCCUCCGCCUCCGCGGUGGCAAGGGCGGGUUCGGCUCCCUCCUCCGCGGCGCCGCCACCAAGGCCGGCCAGAAGAAGACCAACAACUUCGACGCGUGCCGCGACAUGAGCGGGCGGCGGCUUAGGCACGUGAACGCGGAGAAGAAGCUGGAAGAGUGGAAGGCCGAGGCGGAGGAGAGGAGGUUGGAGAAGGUCGCGGACGAGUUUAUCAAGAAGAAGGCGAAGGCGGCGGGGAAGAAGGCGGGAGUGGUCGGGGAAGCGGAGAAGUACGUGGAGAAGUAUAGGGAGGAGUCGGCGAGGUGUAUGGAGGCGGUUGAGAAGGCGGUGAGGGAAGCGGUUGGGAAUUCGAAGAGGAAGGUUGCGGCGGUUGGAGUGGGGGGUUCCGAUGCCAAGAGGUUUAAGAUAUGGAUGGGGAAGAGAACAGUUGGUGGCAGUGGUAGUGAUGAUUCAGAUGAGGAUGACAGUGAUGACAUUGAAGAGGAUGAGGAUGAGAAAUCUGUUAUUUUAGAUGGUGAUAACCAUUUGGGCUCAAGUAAGGAAGCUGAGGGUAGUCUGGACUCUGUUACUGGCCGGAAACUGGAUGAAGAACCUUCUGUUGGAGGUUCUUCUGAGAGUGGUUCUGAGGGAGAGGAUUCUGCGGUAAGGAGUUCAUUUUUUGUUGACAAUUCUGAUGCAGUCAUGGCUGGCUGUGAAAGCAAUGGUGCUAGCAAACCAAUUUUAGAGACUCAGGGAGAAGUGAUGGUGGCGAAUGUAGAUACAUCUUUCACAGAGGAGGCAGCUGUGUCUGGGACUGAAGCCUUUAAGGCUGAGAAGCAAGAAUCCGAUGGACCCGAGUCUGGUAAUCUGGAGGACACAGUUGGUCUGAAAAAUUCUAGCUCUGAAGAUGGGGGAGCUUUGGAAUGUGGAACAACUGAUGCAGAGGUUGGUCUAAAAUUAGUAUCUGAAAGAGCCGUUCAUGAAGAAAGUGUGGUGAUGAGCACAGAUGUCUCAGAUGUUGUGAAGCCACUAAAUUACGAUGAGUUUAAUUCGGCAGCCGAGUUGGAGGCUCUUGGCAUGGAGAGGUUGAAAUCUGAGCUGCAAUCACGCGGGCUGAAAUGCGGGGGUACAUUGCAAGAGCGUGCUGCCAGGCUUUUCCUGCUCAAAACCACACCUUUGGAGAUGCUUCCAAAGAAGCUGCUUGCCAAGAAAUGAAUAAUUCGAAUUAUUUUCAUGGCUUUGUAUGCCUCUCUUUGGAAGUGGUUCAUUUUGAGUUCCAAUUUACAAGUGACUGCUCACGACUUGAGCAAAAUAACAGAAUGUUGAUUUGAGGUGUCCCAAAAUUAGAUUUCGUCUGCUGUGGCACACAUCUUGACUGUUGCUCCGAGAUUUGUCAAUAUACUUGUGACUCUGUAAGAUACGAUUGUUGAACUGCUUGAUUGAGGAAAGAUUAUCAAUGCCUCGAUUUCAAGUAUCAGCUAUAUGAAUGUCAAGGGUGGUGUUAUGUUACACUUA